AUGAUCGUAACACGCCGAAAUCAAUCUGCCACCGUCCAUCUCCUGGGAUGUGAUCUUCUCCCACUUCUCUUCGUUGAUCGAAUAUCGCUGAUAACCGUUGGAAUGUUGAUCUUUUCGAUUGAUACCUUGGCAUCGUCGCUUGACUUGGAGUUGGGAGGUGAUGGAUUUGCAACGUUAGGAGUUCAUGUAAAAGGUGAAGAUGUUGACUACUCAUUUCAUGAAUUAAAUAUGGAAGUGGUAGUUAAAUUAUGCAAUUUUGAAUUCUUAAUGGUGGUCCUCUCAGAGUACUUAUAUGUACUACUCAGCUGUCCUACCCGUUGGACCUAUGUAUAUCAAAUGGUCAUCCGAUACUUGGAGCUAAAGGUCUAUAUCGAUCAGAUUUUAUUGGAUCAGUCAGAGUUACUCAUGAAUGAAAAAGAAAUGGAUAUGCUUGACGACUACAGUGUGCUUCUUUAG